AUGCUAAACUCUAUGUUAUGUCAUAAAUGUCACCGAAAACUGUUGGCAACACUUCUCGGCCGGACGUCCACUACCAUUGGGUCACUGCAUCGCCGGCUUUCAGUUGUCUUUUACGGAUCCGAUGAAUUCAGUUUAGAGACACUCAAAGUCCUUAACCACGACUUCAAGCGACACACGAGUGGUGACACAACAGCACUGAUCACGCGCUUGGAAGUAGUGUUGAGCUCAAGACAUAACAUAAUAUCGCGUUUCGCACAACAAAACCAAUUAACGAGUCAUGAGUUUCCUUAUGAAUUGCCGCCAAAGAUGUAUGACUUGGGAGUCGUCUCGUCUUUUGGUUACCUCAUCCCCAACCGCGCCAUCAAAGCCUGCAGAUUAGGUAUGCUUAACAUUCACGGCUCACUACUGCCCCGAUGGAGGGGCGCCGCACCAGUCAAUUAUGCUGUCCUUCACGGCGACCCCAUCACUGGCAUCACUAUAAUGAGGGUUAAGCCCAAGAAG